CAACACUUCACCAGGCGCUAUAACGUUUUGAAGGUCGCUGAUCAUGUGUGUUUGAAAUGGAUUUUAGUAAUUUGCACUGCUUUGUGGGCAAGGGUAUGAUUUCUACUGCAUCCUCUGCCACCAUAAAUACAAAUACCAGUGAACGAGAUUGUAAAAUUGGUCAGCUGCAAUAUCAGCAACAACAGUUGCUCCGUCAAAGUACUCCUUACAAUUUCAGUUCUUGGGAUUGGAAUGCUGUGAAUAUCAUGAAUAAUAAUAAUAAUAAUAAUAAUAAUAAUAAUAAUAAUAAUAAUAAUAUUGUUAACGGGACUCAACAACCAAUUUGCAAACCUUUGUUUCCUGAAAAUGACGUCAUGAAGAUGAUCAAUUUUAUAAAACAGGAAAAUUAUGCUCCUACAAUGAUUAAUUCAGCCAGCUUCAGUCAUGAAAAUAAUAAUAAACAAGGGUUUGUACGGGAAACUCAACCGUCAUUGAAUAAAUUAAUUGAAAUGGGCUAUCCAAAUCAGCAUUGCCCUUAUCCUUUAGAUCAUCUACAUUCACAAUUUCAAUUCAAUCAAAGUAGAUGCUCAUCAACUACAACACGAUAUAAAGAACCAACUGUUCGUAAUGAAGAAAAUCCUGUUUAUUCUGAAGCUGAUAAUAAAUCAAGCAUUCAAGAGGAUCCAUCAUCAAUGGAUAAGAACAGCAAUUGUAAAAGCGAAAAGUUCGCAUGUGAACAUUGUGAAAAGAAAUUCAAGACAAAGUCUUAUUUGAAUGAACAUGUGAAAGUUAUUCAUGAAGGUAUUUUAAUUCAAUGUGAUGAAUGUGGCGAUGGAUUCAAGUCUACUAGUUCACUUAAAAAUCAUAUAAAUUUAGUGCACAAAGGUUUGGGAUUUCAAUGUCAUUAUUGUAAUAAAGUGUUUACACAGAGGCAUACCUUAAUAAUACAUGAAGAAUGUGUUCAUAAAGGUAUCAAAAUAUCAUGUAAUCAUUGUAGCAAAAAAUUUGCAUCUCGAUGGUAUUUAAAAGAACACAUCACAAUCGUCCAUGAAGGUAAUUUACUAAAAUGUGAACUUUGUGGUCGGUCAUUCAAUUCACAUUGUGCAUUACGUUAUCAUUCUAAUAUUGUUCAUAAAGAUCAUAAGUUCCAAUGUCCACAUUGUCCCAAGACUUUUCGUUUGAAAAAAUACUUAGAAGGUCAUGUAAAACGAGUUCAUGCUAAUUUGGGUAAAGGAAAUACGCAAACAGUUUAA